AUGGAGAAAGGGGUUGAAAUAUGCCCUCAUCCUAAUAGUAACAGUAAUUCGGUGGAAGUAUUGGAUGAAGCUAUCUUAACACUGAAACGCUGUUUAACUCUAACAAAUGAAUCUAGUUCUGGUAAAUGCGUGGAAGAAAUUGAUGAAAUCAAAAAAGAACGAAUUGAGGGGGAAGAGAUCGAUACGGAACAGGUCGAUGAGAUAAGCAGUACUCAGGUGACGCAAUGCACAAUGGAAGAUUGCACACAGAAUGGAUCAGUUGCAGAAGCGGAAAGUCAAACAGUAGUAUCCAGUAUAAAAAUAAGACGUAUUCAUAUAGUUGAAUAUGAGAAUGAAUAUCAGAUGGCCGAUAUUAUGCGACUUAUUACGAAAGUACUUAGCGAACCUUAUUCUAUUUAUACUUAUCGCUAUUUCAUACAUAAUUGGCCAAAGUUAUGCCUAUUGGCAUUGGAUGAGAACGAUGACAAAUAUGUUGGUGCAAUUGUCUGUAAAUUGGAUUUGAGUCGAGAAAAUCGUCGUCGUGGGUAUAUUGCAAUGCUUGCUGUCGACGAGUCAUGUCGAAAAAUGGGUAUAGGUACUCGUUUGGUGCAAAAAGCUAUAUCAAAUAUGCAAGAAAUGGGCUGCGACCAAGUUGUAUUAGAAACUGAAGUAACAAAUUCAGAUGCUUUGCGCCUGUACAGUAAUUUAGGAUUCAUCCGAGAAAAACGGUUAUUUCGUUACUAUUUGAAUGGUGUGGAUGCUUACAGGCUUAAGCUUUUCCUAACUACUAUCAAUGAAUCACUUCUUCUUGAUCCACCGAUGUUUCUUGGUAGUACUCAAUGCGUUCCAUAA